CCGCUUCAGAUACAUAUAAGAAGGGCUUCAUUCAUGCUUUUCGCUGGUGCAACCAUCACCAGUCUGUACAGCCACAUCAUUACCUAACAACAGACCACGCGAAGAGACCAACCACCAUCAUGGGUGUUCCCAACCGCCUCAUCCCCCUUGACUCCCCCUCCUUGCCGGAGUUCGAGCGCUUUUGCUCUCAAAGCACCGACAGCAGUUUGUACCCGCACGCCACGACCAUCACCCAGAACAUCCCCAUCUACAGCACCGACACACUGUCGCUUGACAAUGCAUCCCAGACCACCGCCGUCCAGAACGAAUGGCACCACAUCCUGUCCGAGGGCCCCGGCAUCUUCGUCCUGCAACAGAUCUUCAACACCUCUCGUCAGCACGACCUCGCAACUCUCGACGCCACCACUGCAGCCUUCACCCACAUCAUCCACCACGAAUCCGCCCAGUCCCCCUUGAAAAAGGGCGACCACUUCGCCCGUGCCGGCCACAACGCCCGCAUCUGGAACAGCUUCAGCAAGCACGCCUUCGCCGACCCAUCCUCCUUUGUCGACUACUACUCCAACCCCUACAUCCGCCUCGCCGCCGAAUCCUGGCUAGGCCCCGCCUACCGCCUGACCGCACAGGUCAACAUUGUCAAGCCCGGCGGCGCCGCCCAGGCCCCGCACCGCGACUACCAUCUCGGCUUCCAGCCCGACGCCGCCUGCGCCGCCUUCCCUAGAGCUCUCCACCGCGCGAGCGCCUUCCUGACGCUACAGGGCGCCAUCGCUCACUCUGAUAUGCCCCCGGACUCCGGGCCCACUCGCUUCCUGCCUUUCAGUCAGCGAGCUGAGGACGGGUAUCUCGCUUGGCGGCGGCCGGAGUUCGUGGCUUUCUUCGAGGAGAGAUAUGUCGCUUUGCCACUAAGAAAAGGUGAUGCGGUGUUCUUCAACCCGGCGGUUAUGCAUGCUGCGGGUGCGAAUCAGACCCCGCCAGAAGGGAAUUUCGAGAGGAAGGCGAAUUUGUUGCAAAUUGGGAGUGCGCUCGGGAAGACGAUGGAGAGGGUCGAUGUCGUGCCGGUUGUGGCGGCUUGCUGGGAUGAGGUGCGGAGGAGGUUCGAUGCUGAAGACAGGGUGGAGGGAGGGGCGCAACAGCGGGAGCAGCAGCAGCAGCAGCAGCAGCUGGGGCUAAAGUGGGAGGCGUUUGUGCGGGCCCUCGGUGAAGGGUAUCCCUUUCCGACGAAUUUGGAUCGUAGACCCCCUGCCCCGAGUGGGAUGGCGCCGGAGAGUGAGCAGGACCUGAUUCGGAGAGGGUUGGUGGAGGGAUGGCAGAGGGAGGAGAUGCUGACGAAGUUGAGGAAGUUGCAGGAGGAUGAGCGGGGGCAUCAAUUUCUCUGACCUGCUUGUAGGUUAGUUAGUAGCUCGAGUAAAUACUGCAUAUGUUCGAGGCUACAGUCUAUACGGAUCCAUUAUACGGUAAUCCUUGUCUGUUUUGCUUCUGCG